AUGUCAAAAGAAGCUGACAAACCACCAAAAGAUGCUCCAAUUUUUAGUUUCACUGAAAUAGAUCGAGACAAGAUUUCACAAAAAUUCCCAAAUUUACGCAAUAGAUCUUCUUCUAUGCAAGAUCUCUAUGAAAAAAUAACGACUCUUCGGUCUUCAAAUUCGAAUCGCAGCUCAAACUCAAGUUGAAACAAUUUUAUUAAACGUAAAAAAUACCUAGGAAAUUUAAUGCCGUCUAUGACUCCAACGUCACCUAAGAUAAUUGACUUGAUGGAAAAAGCCAAAAAAAUGUAAAAGUAAUGCAGAGAUUUCUCAUCACCUACCUCCUCGUUGAAAAGCUUGACUAGAUUGAACUCGCCUUCUUCGUCCUUUUUAAAAGAAGCUAUACUUUUUGGAUUUAUAUAUAUAAAUAUUUUAAUACAAAGUAUGUCUAAUCUUUUAUGGUGCAUAAUUUUUUUAUCUGGGCUAUUUGCUAGUGGGAUUUUCCUUUGGAGGAAUUUGUCGAUUCAUGAGCAUUUAAUCGAAUUUGACGGUUUUUUUCAAGUAAAUGUCUCACGAAGAAAAAUUCCCGAGGAAUGCCCCACAGCAAAAAGUCCCGAACAAUUGAAAUGGGGCCAAUCUUUGCCAAUAUAUUGACGUUAUCAUUCAUAAUAAAAAGAUUACCCAGACAAUAGAAAAUUCAAUUAUGCAGCUAAAAGCGUCCUAUAACAAAAUCCACCAUGAUGUAGCCCAAAAAGAAAGAACACUAGAAAUUCUUGAAAGAGAUUUAGAAUUACUUGAAAACAAUUUAGAAAUUGUUGAUGGCGGCGAUAAGCUAGAAAAGCUCAAUGACGACUAUGCUGAUAUAAGUAAUAAAACUAUUGAAGAAACUCUUUAUACAGAAACUUUACAACAUAUGGUAAUCAAUAAAAGAUUAGAAAUUUUAGGGCUAAGAAAACGGCUCCGUUCAUUUAUCAGAAAAUUUUUGUAUUGUGGCAUUUCCUCAUAAAAAAAAUUUUUUUUGAUAGAGGAAAUGCCACACGAUAUACCAAAAGUCCAAAAGUUCCUAUCAAAUGACUAAAAACCAAGAAAGCCUAUAAAUAUGCUUAAAAAACAGCUGAAAGAAGCUUCUGCACUAUAUAACCAUCAUUCUGCAAGCUUAAAGAGAUUUAGGUCAGAAAUACCAAGCACAGCUGAAGAGUUCGAAACCGCAAAAUAUAAUUUCGACAUGGUAAAAAGGAACAACAGCUUAAAAUUCAAUGAAAACACCAGCCAUUACGAAGAAAGCCAUGCCUUAAUUGCCUAUCUAAAAGAAAUCCGCAGAAGGAAAAAAGUUUUAGAAUCUCAGCGUGAAAAAGAAAAAAAAGUGAUUUUACUUGAAAGGAGGCUCAGAAUCCUUGAAAGUGAAAAAAAAUUCGAAGACGAAAUGGAAAACAUAAAGCGCGAGCUCAGAAAAAAAGAAAAAAUCUUCAUGGACAUCCAAAAAGCCACAAAUGUCACCUCAGUCGAAGACAUGUAUCCUUAUUAUCUCUAUUUAAAAGAAACAGAAAACAGGCUCAACCAAACAGUCAAACAAGGGCUAAAACAACUAGAAAAACUUAAUCAAGACAGAGAAGAAUUAAGCAAAACCUUAAACGGCAUCAGAUAUCAAGAAGAAAAGCGAGAAAAUCUUGUCGAUAUCUCAGUAAUCCGAGAUAAGUACUCUGAAACUUGUACAGAGCUAGACCAAAAAGAAGCACAUCUUGACAAAUUAAAUGAAAUAAUAUUCGCUGCACAAAAUUCUUUAGAGAUUUUAAAGAGCAAGUUGGGGUUAAAGCUGUCACAUUCGAAGGAUUUUAUUGAACAGUUUCAAAGCUGUGGGGAUAAACUGCAUGAGUUAUUGAAAAAGUCAACAGAUAAAAAAUCAAAGUCGCCGAUUUAUUUGGAUUUGAGGUCGGUUUGAGUACUUAUGUAG